UGCCUAGACCUCCUCCCUCAACUUCCUGCACCCAUUUCUCCACCUGCCCUCCAUCAUCAAACACAUAACAAAGAGCGUCUCCUCCGCUCUGCUUUCCCAGCUGUUGUGUUUGUUAGGGUUUGGGCCGUGAGAAGAGAGGGAGGUUUCUGUCCCGCCCCCACAAAUACACCAGACACUCCUAACAAGCGGCAGACGAGCAGGCUCCCCAUUCACUGCAGUGUGGCUGUGCUGCACACUCCAAAAAGGGACAUUUUCUCUAAUGAAGGAGAACUGAGUCUGUUCUUGGAAUGACGUUUGGGCAUCACUUAUACUAGGAGCAAACUGGGAACGUGUCAACUGCAGCAACAUCUGCUUGAACAGGCCUUGUCAUCGGUGCUGUCGUCGUUGGGACUCCCAGGAUCCAAGUCAUUCACUAACUUUGAUCCAGUCUGCGGUCCACCAGCUCAGCUCGACAAUGGUUCUGUGUGAGGAUGGCGAGUGCAGCGUCUGCCUCCAACCCUACUCGCGGAUGGACAGGGUCCCCCGGGUGCUCCACUGCAGACACACCUUCUGCGAGCCGUGCCUGGAGACGAUUUCUCAGGCCAUGGGGGGGCUGCUCACAGUGGGCUGCCCUUUGUGUCGCCGGGUGACCUGCAUAGGACACGGCCUCAGCCUGCAGGAAGCCUUGUGGAUCAACAGCAGUCUGUGGGAGCAGAUACAAGAGGCCGAGGAGCAGGAGGAGCAGCAGGAGGAGCAGGAGGAGGAGGAGGAGGAAGAUGGACUGAAACAAGAAGCUGAGGAGGAAGGGAUGGAGUCAAAACCACAAGCAGAAUGCGCUUCCUCCAGCUCGGCCAGAACAAAGCUCAAACUGCCGGCCUUCUUCAGAAAGUUUAGUUUGACAAAAAAGAGCCCGGAGAGGAUUGUGCCCGGCAGUAAUGUGGAAAUGAAAUCGUGGCGCAGGCUUCCAACUGAAGAGACUUUGGGUUAAGGUUUAAAAAGAGGCGGAUCCCCGAUGACGGGACAAUAUUAUUGGCGGAGGGCAGGCGCCACUAGAAGACUCGACUCAACCUUGUCAGUGGAGGGAAAGUUGAGGCCGUUAGGGCUCGAGAAUCCAUUUGUGUUCCUGUCAGGACAUUGUUUUGUCCUCAGCCAAAGGUGCCCUGUCCCCCCAUUAUUUAUUCUAGGCCUAAUUCUCCCAGCUGGUGCUGUGGGAUUUGCUUCAGCUGUCCCAGGGGGACUCACACCCCGAGACCCCCUCGUAACAGAUGGUCUCCUGAGGACGUUUCCUUUUGAAUAGCAACUGCUGACCAUUGAAUACAACUUAUUGUUUUUUUUUUUGUUUUUUUUUAAUUUAUGAUAGCUAGUUGAGAAAGUAUUUAAUAAAACUAUUUUUGAAAGGA